UCUUUGUAGUCUCUUCUAGGGUUAAAGCAGCGCAGCUUGAAAAAAAAGGGUUUUGUGAGAGAAAUUGAAAUCAUGAGUUCUAGGUUAUCUGGGAAGGUGAAGUGGUUCAAUGAUCAGAAGGGGUUUGGAUUCAUUACCCCUGAUGAUGGUACCGAGGAGCUUUUUGUUCACCAAUCUCAGAUCCAGACUGAUGGUUUCCGGAGCCUUGCUGAGGGAGAGUCUGUUGAGUAUCAGGUUGAAUCUGAUUCCGAUGGACGAUCCAAGGCUGUGCAGGUGACUGGACCUGAUGGUGCGUCUGUGCAGGGAAGCAAGCGUGGUGGUGGAGGCGGUGGUUACGGUGGAGGAGGUGGUUAUGGAGGAGGUGGUGGUGGUUACAACAGUGGCGGUGGAGGUGGUUAUGGUGGAAGCAGAGGCGGAGGAGGAUAUGGUGGAGGUGGCGGUGGAUAUGGUGGAGGAGGAGGCGGUUAUGGUGGUGGUGGACGAGGAGGAGGACGCGGUGGAGGCGGCGGUGGUGCCUGCUAUAACUGCGGUGAAUCUGGUCACUUGGCGAGGGAUUGCAGCUCUGGUGGAAGCGGUGGAGGAGGUGGUGGAAGAUACGGAGGCGGUGGUGGUGGAGGUGGUGGUGGCGGUGGAAGCUGCUACAGCUGUGGAGAGUCUGGUCAUUUUGCCAGAGAUUGCCCUACCAGUACCCGUUAGAUCUGUGCCUGAUUUAGUUGGUUUUUAAGUUUUUGGAGUCGCUAUUUUGGUUUUGGUUUUGUCUUUAUAUUUUGCAAUAGUUUUAGGGUUUUUUGUGAUGGAUCUAUCUUAUUAUGCGAACUCUUGGUUUUUAUAAUGAAUGAAUGAAAUGUCGGGCUUAUUGUUCAA